UGGUCCUGCUCAUGCCGUGUCUAUGGGGCAUGUAUUAUAUACAGUGUGUAGUGAUUCUUAUAUACAGCAAUUAGCUUAGGUGUGAGUUGCUCACAGGGGCGGACUGACAACUCAUGGGGCCCCCGGGCAAUAGGGGAUCAUGGGGCCCCUGUGCCCAUGCUCAAACUCAAAAAAGCCUAUGAAAAAGGUACCAGGGGCAUCUCAUGGGGCCCCCUACUGACCCCGGGCCCUCGGGCAGUGCCCGAGUUUCCAAAUGGCCAGUCCGCCCCUGGUUGCUCAUUAACAUUUCUUUUGUUUCCAAGGGUG